AGAAAAAAAAAACACACAGAGAAGGAAACGAAAUGAUCCACAGGUGACUCGAAAGUCAUCAGCCACUCGAUCGCCAAGUCCCAAGCAGAGAGCUACCGUUCGCCGGAGCGCGCUCGCCCGCCUGUCUUUAAGUGUUGUCGUUUACGUUUUACAGUGAACAAGAAAUGUAUCGAAUCGAAUCCAUCGAAUCAGGAAGACCAACUUUGGAUUAAUAGCAAUUUUCUACCACUGAUCGUUUAUUACCCACAAUUGAAUACUACGCAAACCCUCUUCUAGCUACUAUUAUACACAGCAGAGAUUUAGCACUGACUACCCCCUGUUCCAGAAUAUUGUGGAUUAAUCGAAGAAAUCGAAACAAGAGAACAUUCCCAAAGAGAUCUAUCAUCAACAUCAUGAUCUACCUGCAAAUCACGUUUUGCGUGCUCUUCGUCGUGUCCAGCGUUCGUUCGAUGCCGGUGGCUAACGUGGAAGAGACAAGCCCGACGGAAUGGACUCACGACAUCACGACAGAAGAGGCGACGGCGGCCACUUGGCUGGCGCCAGAAUCGCUUGCAAAAGAGAUACUGGACGCUGGUGCUGCUGAUGUCAGCAGCCCUGAUGACAACAACAAAAGCCCUGCGACGACCACGACCGAGGAGCCGUUCAACGCCGUCACGGACCGUGACGAACCUACCGUUUGGUCACCUUCACAAACGGUCGAGAUCCGUCUCCAUCCUCAAUCGUUGAGGACGGGAGACGUGAAAACUGGUGAAGAACAUCCGGAGGAAGUGAAAGCGACAUCGACUACGGUGGCGCCUUCUAGCGUCGCUCCAGCACAAGAGGACGUCUUCGGCCAGCGGACGGUGGUGAAACCUCAACAACAACAACAACAACAACAACAACAACAGCACGGAAGUUUCAGCGGUGUAACGGGCCGUUUGAGAUCUAGGGACAGCGUAGGUGCGGCGUUACGUCGCGCCGUGACAGGCUCUCCGGCCGUCCAAAAGCUCCAGCAGAGUACGACGCGCAUGGCUAGUUUGCCUAUCUCUUCAGGGCGUGGCAAGGCCGGUGCGAUAACUGGACGCAAGAUCGUCGGUUUUGGCAGCUUGUCCAACUUGCCCAGCAUUCAGCGCGUACCUGCGAAGUCUUUCUUCAAGAACCGACAAACUGGACAUGGCCAUGGCGGUGACACGCCUGCUGAUACUCAUAUGGAGCCUUCACCUCAAUGGCUUUACGGAACUAGUAAAGACACAAGGAAAGCCGUCGAAUCGUUCCGGCUAUCCAAUAACGAGCGAUUGCUCGUUUUGGGUCUGCGGGAUAAAGUGAUGACGACGACGACGACUGUCAGCAACCAGGAAGCAGAAAUCGUUACGUCUACAACUAGUAAACCGGAAGAAGCGGCUUCUACGACGACAUUGUUUGCCACUACGACAACCGUUCAACCUCCCGUCAGCGAACAGAUGGCCGUAACGGAAAUUAAGAUCGUGGAAUCGACUACGGCACGGCCGGAAGUUUCGGAAAGUGUGACACAAGAAUCGAAUGAUGUGCCACUGCAGAUGAGCGAUGCAACUCCUAAAGCGAAUGACGCAAUUCCGGAAAUCAAUAACGAAACAUCGGAAAGAACGCACGAAAAGGCAGAAGGUCACGUUACGUCCACCGAGCUCGUCCCGCACGCGGAAACCGUUUCAACGUUGACGGCCAGUUCAACUGAAACGAACCCGUUCACGUCGUCCAAGACGAAAUUCGAGCAGAUUCCGCUGGAUGAAAAAGCGGAGCCCAUCAAGAGCCUCGACAAUUCUCCAAUAGAUGGCCAGGCAUCUUCGAAACAAGAAUUGGGAUCUUUACCUGCGAGCGACGACUGUUUCGGCGCUGAUUGCAACGGCGACCAAGAGACGGGCUUGAACAUGGGCCAGUUGGAUCAUGGAGGAUUCGACGAGGAGGCACAUCGGUACCUCGUCGAAGAGAAAACGCACGAUGGUUACAUCAUCGGAGAGUUUGGAGUGGUUAGCCGGUCGAGCGACUUGAGGGCCGUUCGUUACACGGCGCACGGGUCCAUCGAUCCGCAAUUGAUUCAGGAAAUGUUACGGACUUUCUGGUUACUGAAAACGGGCGAGAAAGAGUAAGAACAAAAUAAGAAGAAAAAGAAAAGCCUAUCGUUAUUGUUUUUUUUUGUUUUUUUUUUGUUAAUUGUGUUGUGUUUUUGUUUUUGUGUCACUCGCUCUCACCAAUCAUUCGAUUCCUAUCUAUUUUUUGUUCCAAAGUGUUUUCUAAUUGUCGACAUCCGGCGGGAGACGGUACGACCCUUUAUUACUGGAACCAGUGCAAUCUCCGAAUUUUUUUGUUUCUCUUGAUAUCCUUUUUGCACACACACACACACACACACACACACAUGCAAAGUGUGGAGAAGAUGUCGGCAGGGACGCUGAAAAAGAGUCUCUGUUUUUCCCGAUUUAUUUUUAAUUUGAUUGUUACGUUGAUUGAUGGAUUCAGCGCGUCGCUAUUUUAUGGAUUUUUUUUUUACGUUUUAUACGUGUGUGUGUGUGUGUGUGUGUGCAUAUCGCGUAUGUGUCUGUGGCCACGUUCAACAUCUGAUUUUCUUUUCUUGGCUCUCUUCUUCACGCUCUUUAUUGCAAUUCUUGAACUUAUUUCUUAGAUGGAAUCUCAUUAGAUUGCAGCGUGCCAUAGUCUGUCGUGUAUUGUUUCUCUGACCGAACGAAAGGAGAACAAUAAAUGGUCUUCCACUCUA